AUGCUGCAGAAUCAGGGACCACGACAGACAAGCUCUUUACUCACAUCACCCUUUUAGUGGCCACGAUAGAGAGUGUAGGAAGCGGCAAUAUCUCGUGGCAGAUAGCGACUGAACAAGGCAUGCAGAUUCAUCUAAUUUGUGCUGCCUGCAAAAUUAUUACUUCUACCUAAUAUAAAUAUAUUUUUUUUUGUCAACCUCUUGGUCUUGUCCUUUGGCACUCAUCAUGCAUAGUGUAGAUAUUACUUCCCUACAACUAGAACUACACGUGUGGUGACAACAGUAAAUGAAGCUUAAAUGCACCCACUGUCGUAGCCGUUCUUGUUGGGCAAACUCAUGACAACCACUUUCACUUAGUAUGUGAAGAUGAUAUUAUAAUAUAUAUAGGUACUCUUGAGGCUACGCACUUGUCCUUUUUCUUCCAAGAAGAACAGACCAAAAUGACGGCUAUUUAAGGCGGUGGAAUGGAGGACAAGAAUGCCGGUUGCCUAGCCCGGCGAAGAUGGACGGAAACGGCACAAAAUAUACCGUUCCGACUGCAGGCCGUACUGGUCGCGUGGAUGAUAGCAUGGUCUGCGUUCCUUCUGAUUGCAGCUCGUAUUUUCAUUAUGCUGGCUAUCGCUGAUGCGUUUGCGGGUUCUGAUAGUGCUUCGACCCGAGAGACUUUCCAGAGGCUUGCAGCUCUACUAACCUUAAGGCCCAUUGUAGUUGUACUAGAAGUUGAAGUAUCUUCAGUAAAAAUAACUAUAUUAAGCAUUUUUCAUUGAUGUUCGGAGCAGGACGAGGCGACUUGUGAUCUUUUUCAUGCUGAGUGCGUAGUAAGGUUCUUCCCCUUGGCUGGAAUCUUCUUGACAGAGGCAGGUGUAAUCUAAAGGUAAAGAGGGAGAGGGAGAGGAUGAAAAGGUCAAUAGGCUAGUCACCCCACUCAACCUCAACCAUCAAUGACAGAUACUAGGGCUUAUUUUACAACGAAAGUAGAACACGACAAACAACAAUAGAGAAGUACUAGAGGAGUUCGUCUAGCAGCGCUAUCACAGGCUAGCGCAGGGAUGACGACAUCCAGCGCAUCCCUGCGCUGCUGUCAAGUUUAUUAAGCUGGGCGCCCACUGGUCGCCCUGUCUCGUAUGGGCCGAAGAUCCCGGCGAAGACCAUGACAUGGGAAGGCCACAGACAGAGGCCAGAGCCCCCGCAGGCAAAAGACAAGCCACGCCGGUGGGACGGGCGAUGCCCAUGGAGGUGAAAGCGCAACGCGCAAGCCCAAGAACUAUGAAGGGCGCACUAACUAACACCAAGACAAGCAAGGCAAGGAGGUGGAGGAAAAUGAAGACGAAAGGACUCGAAAAGGAAAAAGGUGACGGCCACGGGGAAGGACACGGGGGGCGGGUAGAGUGCCGCGGAACGGACAGAACCCAGGCGCGGACAUCGGCGGGGCAAGGGAUUGAGAAGGGGGGCGCAAAGUCAAAGGGACACCGCUGCGGCAUGGGGAGGGGGCACCACCCUGGGCAGCUGCGACAAGCUGGGGCGAGGGCCACGCAAGGGAACAAGGACGACGAGAGAAGCAGAGGGCAAGACAGAGACAAAAAGAAGAAGCGAGCCAACACCAAGACCAGACGAGCAAGGCGAGCGACACAGACAGGGGCACACGCCGGCAGAGCGCGCCCGCGCUAGGCAGGUGCCGGCCGCGCGUGCUUGAAUGGACCAAGGAAGGGAAGAGCGAGGCAGGGGACGGCUGGACGAGCCUUUUUGGGAGGUGUCUGACUGUUCGCCACCGUCUUCGCCCUCGCUGUCGUUUUUGUUGCCGCGGGUUGCUUUCUCUCAUCUUAUAUAUUCGCGGCUGCCAGUGGCUUGCUUAGCGUUGGUCUCGGUGCGGGCGUGUCGCUUUCUGGAGCCGGGUGUCGCUGGAGGGCAUAGGCAUUCCCACGUACUUACUUUGCGGAAGCAUGAAGGCGGCCUGGGCUCUGAAGUUUUUACCCCGCUACAGGCCCAGCCCUUAGGGAGGCCAUUUGCCUACGAAGUCGCUUCUGCGCUUCUCACUCGAUUGGCCUUAAAUCUGGGGGGCUGUGGCAGUUGCGUCUUGCUGUGGCCUAGGUUGUGGGGGUUGUGUCGUAGGUUGUGGAUUAAGUUUUAUGGGGCAUCCUUAUGAAAAAGUCGCACCUUAUUCUUUGGCUGUCAGUCUUGGGACACCGGGUGGGCUUUAUGGUGUUUAAAUUCGAACAGCUUGAGAGUGGGCUUGGGCCUUUUCGUGUGCUUUCUGUCUGCGUGUGCGCAAAACUCGCCAGCCCCACAGCCACACUUCAUUUUUUGUCUGCGCGUGCGCACAACUCGCCACCGCCACCUCUAACACUCGCCAUAAUUUCCACAACUUGCACAACUUGGAAAACAGCCGCCACAACUUGGGCCACAGACAACUCCCACAACCCAGGGCACAACUUUCCACAGAUUAGAAAUAAUAAACGGCAGCGCCUUCAGAGGGUUUUGGCCUUUUUAAAGCCCCCGCACUCUGCGAGCUGUCUCUCGUCAUGCGGCACCUGCCCCUGCGUGCAGUCUAUGCGGCGCCACGCGCUCGGCAUGCGUGCGCGGGAGAAUGUCUGCGCCAGCCCCCUCCGGCUCCAAAGGGAGCACCAGAAGCGUACCGCCGCCGCCGCUCCCGCGGCUUCUAUCAUGCUGCGGGCCUCGGGUCUUUCUUCUAUGUUUUCUGGGUUUUUGCUCUCGUUGGUUUUCACACAUGAUGAGAGAGUGGAGCGGAGACAAAACAAACCCGCAGCACGCGUCGCCUGACCCCUCCGAAAGUGCUGACCUGGUCCCGACUGGACUGAAGAAAGGCAAGCCCAAACCCAAAGUGACAACCCUCGCGGCCUUUUCCGGGUCGCGUGAAUGAUGAGCGAAGGUCUGGGCAGGCCGCUCCGUGGCGGAUAGUGCACCCACUCACACAAAGGAGGGGGGGGCGGCCUUGAUCGGGCCUGAAGGAGUGAAGGGUGCGCGCCGGGCAUUGCCCUCGCAGCAACUCAAGGAGGAAAGCCCGAGGGCCACCCUCGUGGGCUCCGAUCAUCGGACAGAGACAGAGGCGGGACUGGGUUCAAGGCUGUCGCCUGCUCGUCCAUUUGUCUGACGGGCACGAGGCUCCCUUUGUCUCGGUAUUUCACACGAAGCAAAAAGUCUUAUCAGAAGCUUUCAUUCUCCUUUUUGGAAAGGUAGGAGCGAAGUUUUUUGUUCAAGUAUCGACGGACAAGGGCGGCGGGAUAGCGGGCAAAAUGAUGCUAGACAGAUGUACUAACGUGGUUCUGGUUUUUUGUUUUGUUCCUUCGUCUGCCAUCUUUGUCGACAUGCAUCGCAAAUAGCCAACGUCUUGCGCCCGUUUUGGGUCCGUCUUCAGGGUCAAAAGAAAUCGACAAUGUCGAACAAAGCUAGCAGAUUUGUUCGAAAGUCGCAAUUUGAUAUAGCUUAUGCGAUAGUUGUGACGCGGCUGCCUCUAGCUGAGUAUCCAUUUCCGUACUAGACGACCUCUAAUCAUUACUUUCUCCAUGAUGGGAUGGGUCAGUACCUUUGUCAUUCUGAAUCACUGGCUGACUCAAGUGCAAGCGACGUGGCUGGGGAAGAAGUGCACGCAGGCAAAAUUAUUGGCUUGUUGUUCGUUGUUGACACAUUCCAUCUACGAAUGAAUGUCGUUUUUUCCAUCUAGGCAGACCAUCGCGCAGGCCCCCCUUUAAGUUUAACUCGAAAACUUUGAAGGGAAAAAAGCGUGGCAGCCCAGAUGAUGGUCUCAAAGAUGCAAAAAGCAUCAUCCAUACCAUCUGUGCAAGUCUACAGGAGCCACUUCACGGUGGGCUGUACUAUACGAUCGGGUCAUCCACGUUUCUUGUCGCGAACAUUUUUUCCAUCUAUGACUUGCUGAAAAAUAAACCCGCGGCGGCGAAAUACCGCCUCCACUACCGAAUCCAUGCGAAUUUGCCCUUUUUGAUGAUGUCCACGAUGACAGUGGGAUCUGCUUUCUUCUCGGCCGGCACCUACUUAAGGCAAGGAACAAGGCCUCCCCUGAAAAUCUUAUUCGGGAGGAACCAUCUUGGUGGAGCUAAGUAUAAGCGCUACUUUCCCCUUAGAAUUAGAUACAUACUCACAGCAAAUGCAAAAAAACGUCUCCAAAAUGUAACAUCUUGUGGAUCGUCCCAAGAUGGAUCCAUUGAUUCGGGUGUUCAGCUCGUCUAAGCUAUACACGAUACGCGUCGAAGGAGACGGGUGUGGGAGACACAAAUGUGGGGGAGGACGCUUUCACGGCCGCAAAUUGCUUCUCGAUAAUCGGCGGAACUUGCUUCUUGAUUGGCGGGUGCACGUUCGGAUUUUGGUGCGACUUUUUCGAUAUCUGGACUGCAUCCAAAUCUACUAGUGCUGUUCCUAGCCCCAGCGGCCCCGAAUCAGCAGCACCCAAGAAUACAGGUUCAGCAGGCCCGGAAGUCAAAAUCUCAACCUCGGGGACAGAACGACAACACUGUACUACUUCCUCUGCAUCAUCAGCUGGCGGUGAGCAGAGCAGAAUAACAAGCGGCGGCCAAAGCAUGUCACGCCGCUCCAGCAUACUACAGGUCAAUGCCUCAAUACCAGAUAGAAUAUCGAGCAGGGUAUUCCAUUCAGUGGAAAUCGUGGACGAUGAAGACCCCGAACGUGACAAAGUAGGUUUAGACCCCCAAGUAGAACAAGUCGCAGGCGACUCUGAUGAACCUCGGAGAAAGAGUACUUCUAAGAUACGCUUGCGUCGCACACGUAUUGUUGUUAAAGCGGGUGACAUCGAACCACACAACGCCGGUAAAAGGGAAAUAGCACUACUAGGACCGGAAGACAAGACAUCGUCCGAGGAAAAGGACCGCGUUACCGCGAUGGUUCUGAAUACCGUGGGACAUGCGAACCACUUUGACGAGCAGUGCAUAGUCACGACCCUGAAAAAGCCUCAUCGAGAAUGCUCCUUUCAGGUCUUCGACGAGGCCUUACUGCUCAACAUACACGAGGUGGCUGAGCAUGAGCAUACCCACUACCUUGACGACACUGCCCCGUUGCGAGGAGCUGAAGCGGCUACUCCUGCUGAAAGUGUCGCUGUUGCAACAACUUCUGAAGACAAAAAUAGAUGCUAGUAUAUCAAAAAUUAAAUUUGAUGCUGUCGUCGGUGUAAUAUUUAUACAGAUUACGGUCUUGCUCAUGCUCGUUUGCUACGACGUAGUUGUGCUGCUCUGAGUGUAUCGUCUUUGAACUGCUUGCUCUGACUAUGUUGGCUACGAGCAGUACGCGAACCUUAUUGUGCACAGCCACAGCGCACAGAAACGUACGGCGUUGUACUUGAGGCGUCACGUCGCGUGUGUUCCUGGCUGCAAGCAUGGCGAGAGGCUCCAGCUUCACACUAAUUCCGCACUGCCUGAUCAUGCGGGUUUUUGUACAUAAAUUCAAGUGCAGACUUGUUUUACCUAUCGGC